CUUGGUUCCCCGAAAGACCUGGUCACCAAAGAUGUCACAGACACCAGCUUCACUGUCUCCUGGACGGCGGCGCUCGGUAACGUACGCUCCUACCGGUUGAAGUGGAAGUCGUUGUACACGGAGGAGACAGGGGAGAAGUCAGUCCCCGGGGAUGUAACGGCCAUAGUGCUGGACGGGCUCACUCCAGAGACACGCUACCAGGUCUCUGUCUACGCAGCCUAUGGCAGGGGAGAGGGGGAGCCGCUCGUGGGCGCUGAGACCACAGAUGGUAAGUCACUUCACCUCCCUAAUGUUUCCACCACACACAGACUUACUGUGGGACCCUCUCUCUCUGUCUCUCUGUGUCUGUCUCUCCACUUCUCUCUCUCUCUCUCCACUUCUCUCAUCUCAGAUGUCUCUCCACUUAUCUCUCUCUCGUCUCUCACUUCUCCAUCACUUCUCUCUCUCUCUCUCUCCACUUCUCUCUCUCUCUCUCCUCUCUCUCUCUCUCUCUCUCUCUCUCUCUCUCUCUCUUUCACUCCCCUUCUUCAUCUCUCUGUCUGCCUGAGAAGUUUCUGGGUUUUUCGUCCCCAGGUUACCUCAGAGCUGAAAAAAGUAUAUAGAUGUAGGAUAUAAAAUACCCCAUGACCUCAGAAAGUUCUAUCUAGGUCUUUAUAUAACUGGAACGAGCCUAUAUAAAGCACCUGGAAUGAAUAGGAGAUCCAGACUGAUGACAUUAAAGAGUGUGUUAAGAUGGUUUGGGCCCUUGAAGAGAUUGGAUUUGGGAACAGACCUUAUUUCCGUAAAUACAUCAUGAGCGUAAAGUUUUCAUAGUCUUUAUAAUCCACGAAUAGAUAAAAAAGGUAAAAAAUAAGAUGAAACAACUUCAGUCCUAUCACCUUGACCGUUGAAACCAGUGACGCAGGCUUUAGAGUUAUGCAGGAAACAAGGGUUUUAAAGGCCCGAACUUGAGCCCCAUCCUUGGGCGUGAUGUGGAAAAAGUGAGAUACAGCUCAUUUUUGAGCUUGGAGAUAACAUCAACGCUGCUGGCAUUCAUCUGAUCUGUCUGAAAAGCCAACGAGAUGCUUUUGUAAUCAAGGUGACGUGUGACUGCGUGUGUGUGCUUAUGCACGUGUAUGUUAUGUACGUAUAUAGCCAUUACAUUUUAGUCAUUUAGCAGACGCUCUUAUCCAGAGCGACUUACAGUUAGUGAGUGCAUACAUUUUUUUUUUUUAUACUGGCCCCCCGUGGGAAACGAACCCACAACCCUGGCAUUGCAAGCGCCAUGCUCUACCAACUGAGCUACAGGGGACUACAUGAUGCAAUGCGCCACACCUGCUCCCAGUUAUCAGGGGAGAUUGUGGGAUUCGGAUAGACAUGGGAGUAGACAGUGCUUCCCCUCUCCUUGCAAUACAGCGACCCACUGAAAUGAGAAAAGCACAUUGACGGAAACUCGCCCCGAUUGGGGAAUUAAUCCGCUGGUUAGCAAGACGAAAUGUGCUAAUGGAAAAUGUGUCUCUCCAUCGUUUUGUUUAUUGAUUCUGGAAAGCGGGACAGGUGCAAUUUACACCGAAAACAACCUUGAGGCGCCUCCAGAGGCUUGUAUGGUUUAUGUCUGUGGUCACUAGCCCUGCGGGUUCCUCCACCAGAACCACCAGCCCUCUCUCUGUCUCUACUAACAGGACAGGUCCAUUUGGAUCAAGCCACACAGUGAAAACUUGGACAGUCUGCUUUUUUCCGUCCAUAAAACUCCUCUCUCUGAAGUCUAGCUGUCUGAAUAUUUUCCUGAGCUCGUUUAGGGGUUUUGGCAAUUCACACUUGUCCUUCCUGCACCAAAAACACACCAUCCCCCAGAAAAAGAAAUAAAAAAUGAAUAAAAAAACACACUGGGGUCAUAGUAUUGAAAGAGUGCAGACACAGUGGAUACAACCCACCACCCCAACACACCCAAUCUAGUAAAGAAGAAUCUGGUCAGUGUGUGGUCUGACUGGGAAAUAAAACAAUGUUUGGAUGGUUUUGUGUUCACAAGCAUAUGGAAACUGAACAGAUACCUCAGUGAAAACCUCUGAGGUAUCCAACCGUGUCAAUGUUUAUAUUGCCCAGAAGAAGCCAUGGCUUUGUACCAUUUUGAAAUGUAGGCAGCAAUUUGGCAUGCAUUCCAAUUCUACUUUCUGCUCAAACUCGCAGCAUGAUACCGAUAUCAAUCCAUCAAGCAUUCAUUUUCUUUCAUUUGUGCUCCCAGUGUCUGCAGCUGGAAAAGUUGUGGUCGUUUCCGAGGAGACGGAGAAGAGCAUGAAGGUGACAUGGCAGCCUGCACCCGGGAAUGUUGUCAACUACCGGGUGACGUACAAGCCAACGUUGGGAGGGCGACAGCUGGCCGCCAAGGUGCCCGGUGGGACCACCAACACCAUCCUGAGACGCCUAACGCCCAUGACCACCUAUGACAUCACAGUGCUGCCUGUGUACAAGCAGGGAGAAGGAAAAGCAAGGCAAGGAGUAGGAACCACACGUACGUUGGUCUAUCAUUAACCACAACUAAACUGUGCUCUGUGCUGCUUACGUUAGGUUAGGGGAGUCCUGUAGAGUAGUUAGUCACUAGAGGGUUAUGCAGACUCAUAUUAAGUACUUAUCAUCAAUCAUCAUCAACUACUAAAUCUUGUAUGAAACAGCUGCUUGCAGUAGGAUAGCCAAGGAGAGAAUGGGUCUCCAAAGAGGCAGAACUAAGAUUUUAAUAGCCUAAUGAACAGUUUAGCCACAUUUUACUUCCAGUUUAUAUUCAUCUGCUUAUAUCAAAUCUUAAUUUUCUCUGUUCCAGUGUCACCGUACAAAGCCCCUAGAAACUUGCAGACCUCUGAGCCCGCUAGGACCAGUUUCAGAGUGACCUGGGACCACGCUCCAGGGGAGGUCAAGGGCUACAAGGUCACCUUCCACCCCAUUGGGAAUGAUAUAGACCUGGGAGAGCUACUGGUCGGACCUUAUGACAACACUGUGGUUCUGGAGGAGCUCAGGUAGGCUAACCUGGGACUGGAAAGUAAAGUAUAUCAGAUGGACUGUCACAGGUACUGUAUUACUUUGCACAGGUACUGCCGCUUUUUCAUUAGUUCAGUCAUUUCUCUCAGACAAACUGACAAACCUGUUGAGAUGAAUGAAGUGUAACUGAUUAAGGUUUGUCUCACAGGGCUGGUACCAAGUACACAGUGAGUGUGUUUGGGAUGUUCGAGGGAGGAGAGAGCCAGCCGUUGGCUGGAGAGGAAAAGACUACUCUCUCUGACGCCCCUGAACCACCACCGUAUGAUGGAGGUAAUGCCUCCUCUCAAACCCCUCCUACAUGAUUAAUCAUAGCCAGCAACAGCAACACAGCACUACACAGGAGACUACACUGUAAAGUAUUCACCUUAUACACAGCCAAUCAACAGGCGUGGGCGCGGCAGCCAUGUUAAAAAGUAAAAGGUCAUAAGGUAAAUAUGUGUAUGCAGGAAUCGUAUAUAAAAAUGCUGUGAUCCAUUUUAUUGGCAAAAGCGAAAUAACACAUUUUCCUCAAAGAACCCAACAACCUUAAUCUCCCUCAUGAUACUUAAGACCUUAUAUAUAUGUUGUGAUUCCUGCGUCCAUAGCCAACGUGGGGUAUACAUUUUUUGAAAAUACGUUCUAAUCCCUCUCCCUAUAAAAACAGAUGAGUUGCCCUAAAUGCCUUUCCUCAAAGCUAAUUGUCUCACCAGAUAACAGAUGUAACGACUAUUCCAUCUGUUGGCUGCAUGCUUUUUUCAUCACUUUGGGUUCCUUUUUCGUUUUCUGGAUCCUGCGGUAGCUAAGAGCAGUAUAAUUGAAAAAAGGAUAAGCUGUUUGCAAUUACAAGUGUUUUACAACCUACCGGGUGUGAGCACGUGGCAUGGUGCAGGGCAGUGAGUGAGAGGAGAGGCGAGGCGAGGCGAGGCGAGGCGAGGCGAGGCGAGGCGAGGCGAGGAGAGGAGAGGAGAGGAGAGGAGAGGAGAGGAGAGGAGAGGAGAGGAGAGGAGAGGAGAGGAGAGGAGAGGAGAGGAGAGGAGAGGAGAGGAGAGGAGAGGAGAGGAGAGGAGAGGAGAGGGAGGAAAAUGUUAUGUGUUUGAUGGAAGGCUCCAGAGAGGCCAGUCUGACCCUCAGCUGACUGGAAGGCCUCCUCUAAUAGGGAGCAGAUACAGUGACAAGACCCAGUCAUCCAGCCAGCCAGCCAGCCAGCCAGUCAGUCAGUCACCCACAAUAAUAUAAUUCAAUAAAGGGGGCAGAACACCCCUUCUACACCCCAUUUCCCCCUUUCUCCUUACCCAGAACUCCUCAAUUCAGUCCCCCCAUCCCCAAUCCUGGAGGAGUGAGUGUAAGAGGGGAUUGAGGAGAGAGGGAUUGGGUCUGAGGUAAUCCGUUCAUUAGCCUCCCUCUACUCUGAAGAUAUUUUACAGUACUGACACUUUCUGUCUCCUCCUUUACACAUUCAAAGUGUUUUUGAUAACCGUUCUUUGAGUGCGAGAUAAAUAUGUGCCGUAUCGCACGAGUAGUAAACCAAACAUUGAAUUUACAGUGCCAUAAACAGGGACUGGAUGUGAAUUUAUUUGGUGAAAUGCAUAUUGCAGUCGAAGGACAAACAUCUGCCGUGGCUGAUAAAUCUUCCCACUGUAGUCUCCGUCCGAUAGCCUUAGAUAAUUGUCUUUAUUACGACUGUGUAGCUAGCUAAAACAGACUGGAAUCCGAAUGGCACACGGUUCAGCCACUCUAGGACCCUCACACACCGCUGGACAUCUGUUUAUCUGUUAGCAGCAUGGGGAGGGAAAGACAAGUCUGUAAAUCAAACAUCAUGUAACCUGUUUUCAAUUGCAGACAGUGGCAGAUUGCGCAAUGUCUGUGUGCGGCUGCUGCCGCGCAUCUGCAAUCUUAACGGACUGGGGACGAGGCCUUCUUCUCAUCCCACAGGUGUCUGGAAAACAGUGAGAGCUGUGCCAGUGAGGAAUGCACAAUAACUCUCACCAAGGAUACCCUCAUAUGUCAUGUCAGGAGAGCUUAUUUUUUUGUUCCCCGGGAGAGGCUGAGGAGUGGCCAGCGAAGAACACUCCUCAGACACAGAGAAAGAGAGACAGAACAGAGUCUCAACUUGUUGGAAGAAAAGAAGACAAUAAUUAUAUCGGCACCUGGAAAUGAAAUGUGUAUGAUGAAAAUAGCUUGUAAGCCUAAAAAUGGAAUAGAAAGUGUUUUUAAUGCUUGUUUGUAAAGAGACAGAAAGAUAUGUGUUUGUUUUCUGUUUGGGAAGUGUGUGCAAUGUACUGUGACUCGAUGUCAACAAUGUCAUGUCAAUUACCUAUUUUCUUUCCUACUCCUUCACCUCUCUUCACACCCAUGCAUUUUUAAACACCUCUGAGCCAUCUUCAUGACAUGUCUGCCCUAUAACGGAAACUGCGUUAUGAUAACUAGAGCCCCAUCAUUGUUCUGUACUGUGUCUCUGACCUGUAACCUCUGACCUCUCAGAUGUGGUGUGUAAGACCAAAGCCCGUGCUGAUAUAGUCCUGCUGGUCGAUGGCUCCUGGAGUAUCGGUCGUCUGAACUUCAAGACCAUCCGCUCCUUCAUCUCUCGCAUGGUGGGAGUCUUUGACAUCAGCCCUGACAGGGUCCAGAUCGGUAGGUUGAACCUCAGUGUGCCUGAGGUCUCACAGGACAUGAGCAUUCCUGCUCCCUGCUGCAGAUAACAGCAGCAGGUAAUCCUGUAGGUGUUAUAAUGUUGGGUAGAUUUACAUGGCAUCUGAUCUGACAGAGGCUCUCUGUGUGUGUUUCUCGCAGGUCUGGCCCAGUACAGUGGUGAUCCUAAGACUGAGUGGCACCUGAACGCCCACAAGACCAGGGCUUCCCUGUUGGAAGCUGUAGCCAACCUGCCCUACAAAGGAGGCAACACCCUCACUGGUACUGUACUUAAUCUACAUCUAUAACCUCAAUGCAGACAUUACUAUUUUAUACUGUUAACUCUAUCAUGUUAGUGCUUGUAUUGGCUAUUUAGACGGCUACUGAAAUAGGUUCCAGUUCGUAAACUUCACAAUGAAAACUGUGCCACUGCUUUGGUUCUUGGCAGUUGAGCUGUUUGUGUGAUAGCCAGAGGGUGAAGGCAACUGAACUGAAUUGUAUGCUCCAUUAUGCAAAUAAAACUUUGUUGUUCCUAAUAGGCUCACAAUGUAUUUUAUAAUAAUCUGCAUUCUGUUUAGCUGCCUUGUUGGAAAGGCCUCUGAGAAAUGUUUAAACCGUGUGAUAAAUCAAUGUUUCUGUCUUCCUUGCAGGUCUGGCUCUGAACUACAUCCUCCAGAACAAUUUCAAGGAGAAUGUUGGGAUGAGACCCAACGCUCGGAAGAUCGGAGUUCUGGUCACUGAUGGCAAGUCUCAGGAUGACAUCAUUGCCAACUCCCAAAACUUACGUGACCAGGGCAUUGAGCUGUAUGCCAUCGGUGAGUCUCUGCCAUCUUCACUGAUAAGUUUUGCCUUUGAUCUAUUUUGACUUGAUAGGACAUCUGACACUCCUUAUAUCCAUCUCAACUUGAAUAAUGACAAUUAUCUUAAUAAUUCCUUACACACCCAGAAUAAUUCCUUACACACCUUUGCCAUACUCCACCUACUGUAUCUUCCUCAUAAAAUGUAUGUAAUGUAUCCUCACCUUGUGCUAAGAUGGGAUAGCUGACCUGACUGUUGUCCCUUGUUGACUCCUCCUAGGUGUGAAGAACGCUGACGAGAAUGAGCUGAGGUCCAUCGCCUCUGACCCGGAGGAGAUCCACAUGUACAACGUGGCUGACUUCUCCUUUCUGCUGGACAUAGUGGACGACCUGACUGACAACCUCUGUAACAGCGUCAAGGGACCAAGUACCUUCAACCUUCCAUUAAACUCCUUGUCGUGACUGUUAAUAAGGUUGCAGUCUUAUUAGCUAUGCAGGUUAUCCCUUAGUCUUAAAACUAGCGCUUUCAAGGCUUAUAUUCACAAAGUGUUCUAAAGCAGGAGUGCUGAUCUAGGAUCAGUUUUGCCUUUGAAAUCAUAAUGAAUAAGAGGUGGGACCUGAUCCAAGAUCUUUGAGACUCUUUGUGAAUACAGGCGAUGAUCUCCACACAGCCAGCCAUGCUGUGUGAGGCUAAGAGAGACCCUCAAUAGAGUAGCAUGUCUGGAGCACCAGGGGAGGCAACACAAGGAGCUGAAUGCCAGCCAACCACUGGAAGUAAUAUAGAAUCUAGUCCUCUUUCCCCAGAUACUCUAUUUUAUCCUCUCUGAAAUUAGAAAUAGUCUGCUCCUUAAUCAAAUUAAAGAGCUGGAACUGGAUACUAUGUGGGAGAAGUUCUUUAUUUUUAUUUUUAGAAAAGGCUUAGAUGUGCUGUGCAGCCGUCUUGAGUAAAGAGUGUUUGUCUGUCUGUCUACUGGAUUCUCUGCUAGGGAGCUGUGUCCAAAUCCAUGAAAGACAAAUCAAAUGCUUCUUAAACAACAGGUGUAGACUAACAGUGAAAUCCUUACUUAUGGGCCCUUCCCAACAAUGCAGAGAGAAAGAAAAUAGAGAAAUAAUAGAAAAGUAAAACACAUAAUAGUAGAUACACAAUGUGUAAUGAUAACUUGGCUAUAUACACGGGGUACCAGUACCGAGUCGAUGUGCAGGGGUACGAGGUAGUUGAGAUAGAUAUGUACAGGUACAUAUAACUAGGAAUAAAGUGACAUAUAAUAAACAAUGAGAUCCUAUGCUUUGGGUUGAUUUUACCUCCUGUCUCCCCUUUUCCCUGAUAGGAGGUGGCCCUGAGGCGCCCACUGACCUUAUAACCUCAGAGGUGACCAACUAUUCGUUCCGUGCCAGCUGGACAGGCCCUGAAGGUCCAGUGGAGAAGUACCGUGUGGAGUACAUGACCUUGUCUGGACGCCCUCAGCAGGUACAUACCUCUAACCUCCACCCUACUACAACCCUAACAAAGACCAACCCCCCCCCCCCAUCAGCCCCCCAAACCCCUCUGUCACUCCCCCUCUAUCAACCCCCAAACCCCUCUGUCACUCCCCCUCUAUCAACCCCCAAACCCCUCUGUCACUCCCCCUCUAUCAACCCCCAAACCCCUCUGACCCCACACCUACUCUACAUGCACAGUGCCUUGCAAAAGUAUUCAUCCCCCUUGGUAUUUUUCCUAUUUUGUUGCAUUACAACCUGUAAUUUAAAUGGAUUUUAUUUGGAUUUCAUGUAAUGGACAUACACAAAAUAGUCCAAAUUGGUGAAGUGAAAUGAAAAAAAUAAAGGAAAAGUGGUAUGUUCAUAUGUUUUCACCCCCUUUGCUAUGAAGCCCCUAAAUAAGAUCUGGUGCAACCAAUUACCUUCAGAAGUCACAUAAUUAGUUAAAUAAAGUCCACCUGUGUGCAAUCUAAGUGUCACAUGAUCUGUCACAUGAUCUCAGUAUAUAUACACCUGUUCUGAAAGGCCCCAGAGUCUGCAACACCACUAAGCAAGGGGCACCAUUGCAGAAACUUUUAACAUCCCACGGAGCACCAUUAAAAAAUGGAAAGCAUAUGACACCACAACAAACCUGCCAAGAGAGGGCUGCCCACCAAAACUCACGGACCAGGCAAGGAGGGCAUUAAUCAGAGAGGCAACAAAGAGACCAAAGAUAACCCCGAAGCAGCUGCAAAGAUCCACAGCGGAUAUUGGAGUAUCUGUCCAUAGGACCACUUUAAGCCGUACACUCCAAAGAGCUGGGCUUUACGUAAGAGUGACCAGAAAAAAGCCAUUGCUUAAAGAAAAAAAUAAGCAAACAUGUUUGGUGUUCGCCAAAAGCCAUGUGGGAGACUCCCCAAACAUAUGGAAGAAGGUACUCUGGUCAGAUGAGACUAAAAUUGAGCUUUUUGGAGAAGAGGAAGACGCUAUGUCUGGCGCAAACCCAACACCUCUCAUCACCCCAAGAACACCAUCCCCACAUUGAAGCAUGGUGGGGGCAGCAUCAUGCUGUGGGGAUGUUUUUCAUCGGCAGGGACUGGGAAAAUGGUCAGAAUUGAAGGAAUGAUGGAUGGCGCUAAAUACAGGGAAAUUCUUGAGGGAAACCUGUGUCAGUCUUCCAGAGAUUUGAGACUGGGACGGAGGUUCACCUUCCAGCAGGACAAUGACCCUAAGCAUACUGUUAAAGCAACACUCGAAUGGUUUAAGGGGAAACAUUUAAAUGUCUUGGAAUGGCGUAGUCAAAGCCCAGACCUCAAUCCAAUUGAGAAUCUGUGGUAUGACUUAAAGAUUGCUCUACACCAGUGGAACCCAUCCAACUUGAUGGAGCUGGAGCAGUUUUGCCUUGAAGAAUGAUCAAAAAUACCAGUGGCUAGAUUGUGCUAAGCUUAUAGAGACAUACCUGAAGAGACUUGCAGCUGUAAUUUCUGCAAAAGGUGGCUCUACAAAGUAUUGACUUUGGGGGGAGGGGGGGGGGGGGGGGGGGGGGGGGGUUGGGGGGUGAAUAGUUAUGCAUGCUCAAGUGUUCUGUUUUUUUGUCUAAAUUCUUGUUUGAUUAACACAAAAAAAUAUUUUGCAUCUUCAAAGUGGUAGGCAUUUUGUGUAAAUCAAAUGAUACAACCCCCCCCAAAAUCAAUUUUAAUUCCAGGUUGUAAGGCAACCAAAUAGGAAAAAUGCCAAGGGGGUGAAUACUUUCGCAAGCCACUGUCUUAUGGGAAGACUUUCUCAUUAUGCUGGGUUUAGUUCUAGCCUCUGAUCUGCCAGAGACUAGAGGGAAACCCCAGAAACUCUCUCCACCUCACUUCCUCAAGCAUGUGUUGGCUGCUCAGCAUGAGGGUUUUUGGCAAAAAAGGGUUGUUUUAUGUUUAUUUAAUAUCCCUUUAUCUGACAGCUGCAGGGUCUUGGCUCCAGUGUACUAGUAUGGGGUAGGCUAGCUGCUAGAUCAACUUCCAACUUCUUGGUGUCCAAUUUCAUUUUUCAAAGUAUUUAUUUUAUUCCAGCUCUCAUGGUUUUGUGAGGCAGUGGUCUAGUGUGUGAUCGAGGUAGUGUUUGUUUUUGACUCUUAUAAAUAGAAACACACUGGGUUGGAACAGUUAGAGUUUGGUCAGAGUUCCUACAACCUCAUUUGUGACCCACCACAUGGAUUUGGUUCUAUGUAGCAAAAUUUGAAAUUGUGUUUUUACAUUGGGUAAAAGUGCAGACUCCAAGCUAGAAAAUGGUAUAUCAUACACUGCAGUUGAGGAACAAUGAGAAAGUAAUUCUGCUUUGAAAGUUGAUAAACUUGUAACCCCACUUUUGAGAAAAUGGCCCGUGAAUGCUUUGGUACACCUACUGGAGUGCUCUUCUUUGUCUACACCCAUUCAGCAUCGUUCACACCCUCUUAAGCCUUAGCCCCACCCAUCUCUUUAAGGAUUCACUGUGUGGUAAACAACCAAAGAGUUCAAGACUAAAAGUGGUGAAAGUAGUAGCAAGAAGUAGUAGUAAAAAUAAACUUUAUCUAGUCCUUGGCCUAUAUCUUAAUCUGACUUUGGUGCAGGUCAUGUUGUUCUUCACAUUACCGUCUCUGGUAAACACACACUAUAUCAAAUAAAAUCUAAAUUAAUUUGUCACAUGCACAGGAUACAGAAGGUGUAAACGGUACAGUGAAAUGGUUACUUGCAUAGUGGAGCAUUUUGUUUAGACAUGUAGCUAGUUAGCUAGCUAGCCAAACAAUGAACCAUAAUCCCAACUCUAAUGCUGCGUUCAAAACAACUGGGAAGUCAACCAAAAAACUCAGACUGGGAAAAAUCGAUUUGAACGGUCCUCCAACUCGGAAUUCCAACUCGGGAUCUCGGGCCUCUUUCUAAAGCUCCUACACAGAUCAUACAUGUAACGUUAGCUAUUGAGCCAGCCAGCUAAAGUUAGCUAGCUAGUUAACAGUACGCUUUAACUUGCAAUGAAAACUUCUUUCUGACAAAAUUAGAAACAUAUAAUAUCUGAAAAUGUCACUAGACUCUUACCCCGUAUACAUGGAUGAACACUUCUCCCUCUGUCAUGGAUGCCAUGGUGCCCCUUAGUUUGAAGAUGUAAUUCAGAGACAGGUGUUUUAUACAACAGACUCUCUCCGCAUCUGGUAAUCAUCUCUCUGCUUCCACCGGGUAUUUCACUGACUUCAAAACUCGGUCAACUUCUUCCGUGACAACGACACCGUUUCUUCCCCACCAUUGUCAUCAGAAGGCUCUUCAAUGUCUCAUUCAAUUAAAAUGUUUUGACCUAAAUCAUGGAUUUCCUCAUUGUCUGAUUCAUUUUCAGAGUCAGACAGAGUCAGCAUGGCAUGAUCAUCCUCUAGAACGUAGUACAUCACAACAUUUUCCCACUAACUUUAGGGCAGCGAUGUUGAGAGCAGUAGCAAAGGUUUUUCAGUUCUUCAUGAUAGGUGCGGUAGACAGGAUUAUCCACAAAUACUUAGCAGCUCAUGUUAUAGACAGAAGCAUGCUACAUGGCAGACCAAUCCGAACUCAUUUCUCGGCAUGUCCAGCCCAUCCAUUAUCUCAGCCAAUCAUGGCUAGUGGGAAGGUUCCUGUAUUUUUCCGUGGCUAAACCAACUAGGCUCGUUAUUUAACAAUUGUAUUCAUAUUUACAGAUGGCAUACAAGUUUGUUAUUAAAGCACAAGAAAGUUCACAUGUUCCAGAAGGCAUUUCUAAAAUAAAAAUAAAAUAAAAAACUUUCAAAUGCCUCUCCUGUGAAGUAGUGACGUGCGACAUACGCCUAGUUUCUUGAAACGGGUCACAUUUGUGGUUCAAUUAAAACCAGUAGCAUCAACACAGGAAAGACUGAUAGCUGUACUUUGUUGUAUUGUUUGGUUUAUUUGUCCUCCAGCAGAAACCAACCUUUCCAUGCGUGUCAAUCGGGGUACUUAAAAUAGACAUCCCAAGUCAUUCUACAACCUCAUACUGUAUUCGCCUGGUUCAUGUUUACUCUUGAUGUCUGGUUGUAGAUGUUUGUUGAUGGCUCUGUGACCACAGCCAUCCUACCUAACCUGAACCCACUGACUGAGUAUCUGGUCAAUGUCUACUCUGUCAUCGGAGAGGAGAGCAGCGACCCACUGAAGGGCACUGAAACCACCUGUGAGUCCUAAUCUGUUUUUCUGUGUUCUUCUUUGAUCCACUAUACUGUACCUGUCCAUUAGUGUCCUUCAACAUACCUUUAUGUCCCACACGUAAUCCCUAUAGGAUCAAUAAUGGAUGUCUUUGAGACUGUAAAACAAGCAUUCUUCCAUUACAUUCAGCACACCACUGUGACUGUAUGGAUGUUCCAGUGAUGCUUGUGCAGUCCCUGUUUUCAACGUUAAAGAAAGAACAACACUGUCCUGUUUAUGAUACCAUAUAAGGCUGCUAUUAUUGUAAUCAAAUUCAAACUCAAAAGCAUGCUGUUAUUCAGCGCCCACUCUCUGCAGCAAGAAUGAGAGGUUUCUUUAAUGUUGUUCUUCAGUGUUCUUUUAUUUGUCCUCUAGAAUAGCGUGAUUUUAUGAAGCAAUUUUUUAAACAAGUUAUUUCUCCAUAAAAGCUCCUAUAAAAGACCUCAUUGUUUAGUUCUCACCACUUGAAUAGGCACAUGAAAUCUGCAUGGCUGCAUUUCACUGCAAACAUUUAGUUUUGGAUGGGAUUGUGUGUGUGUGUUUAGAAUCUAACAGUGUUUCCCUCUUCCUGUUCCCCUGUCCAGUGCCCCUCAGCGCGGUGAGGAAGAUGAUCAUCUAUGAGGAGCGUCCCACCACCAUGAGGGUGAAGUGGGAGGAGGCAGUGGGCGCCACGAGCUACAUGCUACUCUACAGCUCCAUCAACGCCACAGAGCCCGUGGAGAAAGAGGUGAGACGGCCACUGUGAUAGAGAGAGAGAGAGAGAGAGAGAGAGAGAGAGAGAGAGAGAGAGAGAGGAGAGAGAGGGAGAGAGAGAGAGAGAGGAGAGAGAGAGAGAGAGAGGAGAGGGAGAGAGAGAGAGAGAGAGAGAGAGGGAGACGCCAGACCAGCUGUGGCACUGACACACACACACGGAUGCUGCCAAUGACCGAAUAUACCGGUCCCCUGCCAAUGUCUCCUGACAGCAUGCAGAUGUCAAGGAGCAGUGAUGAGUAACUCUCCAUUUACGGAUGCAGAGGCAACUAAACACACAAUUAUUUAUUAAAUUUUUAUCUCACUCUGGCAGGAUAUUAGUUCCUGAGGUGUCAAAUCCAGAGGGUUAGAUCGUCUGUAGUAUUGUCAACACUUCGAUAAGUUAAAGGACACUGGAUCCUGCCUAAGACUUGUAAUCUGUGGAAACAUGUUCAUCCAAACUGCCUGUCUGAACGACAGUGAGCCUUGUAAACUAAUGUUUGUUCUGUCAUGGUCCUCCCCUGCAGAUGAGAGUUGGAGGGGACACGACUGAUGUCCAGCUGGUGCAGCUGAUCCCCAACACGGGCUACACUCUGUCCAUCUUAGCCCUGCACGGAGAGUCAGCCAGCGACCCCCUGACCGAGCAAGGAGUCACACGUACAGAACACUACUCCUCUACAUUCAAAUGCAUGUUGUUAUUAAUGUUUUGCGCUUAGUGCUCUAAGGGAGGGUAAGGGAUGACAGGUCCUAACUCCUGGAGAGUAAAUUAGGUCUCCUCACUCCCUAGUUUAUGGAAUGAAAGUGAUUAAAAUGAUAAAUAAUGUAAUUUUGUGAGCCUCAUGUUUCUGUCCCUCUGUCCUCUCCGUAGUGCCCAUGCCCCCUGCGGGAGAGCUGAGGGUCAGAGACGUUACCCACAGCGCCCUGAAGAUGAACUGGGAUGCUGCUCCAGGUGCCGUCCUCAAAUACAUCAUCACCUACACGCCUGACGAGGGAGAGGCCAAAGAGGUGAGAUACGACAGUCACAAUACAUCUGUUGGAUACAGACGGCAG